GGGCCCCGUGCUCCGCCUGGCCCCGCCCAGCCGGCUACGGCGGCCGGGAGGGGCGCCUACAGUGGCCGGGGGUGGGUUCAAAGGCGGCCUCCCGCCUACUGCUGCCCGGUCCGAGCUGGCCCUGGCUCGGUACCGGGCUGAGGCGGAGGCUGCACUAGCCCGUUGCUAAUAGCAGCGAGUACCAGGAAUUGCUCCCCCAGCCGUGAGGAAACGGGGCUGGGCACUGGCAGCCCCCGCGGCCCGGUGUCAGGGGCACCGGGCAGGCUGCAGUCGCUGCAGCUCGCACUCGCCGGGACGGCGGCGGUCGGGAGGAGGCGCCUCGCGGCCCAGCCGGGUGGGAAUGCCCUUUGUUCGGCUCGGGCCUACCUGGAGGCGGGGGCGUUGUUAAACCGGCGCCGUUCAUCGCAGUGAGGCACGGGGCAGCCCGGGGAGGCUCCUCCACCCUCUAUGGUUCGCUUGGGUUUUGUUUCCGUCCCUCAGCAAAUAUGUGAGAUCUGCUGGAAGUUCCUGUACUUGAUUAUCUGUCUCUGAAGAAGCAGCCUAAGUCUUGGCUCUCCUGGCGCUCAUCCCUGAAUCUGGGUCCCUCUGAGGCUGCUGAGACUGACAAAGCUCAGGUGAAACCUGAAAGAGCAGAAAGUCUCCACUCUGGAGCUGGUCCAGCAGGCGAAGUGAGCUGAGAUUUCCCAGCCCAGAGCUCGCUCUCUGCAGUUUUUCUUUAGGGGAGGCAGUGGUGGUUCCAUCUGAGUAUAGUAGCUGGCUAGAAGACUUUCUUUGGGGUUUCUGUCCUGCUUUAUUACUAGAGGUCAGAUGUUUUCAUCAGUCCUGAAGAAGCGUGGAGUCAGGACCUGCUAAGUGUGUUGAUCUGCUUGUGCUCUGGACCAUGGACUCAUUGAGAGUUUCCCUAGUGUGAAAAUGUCCAGCAGUAACCGGGAAUUAGUGAUUGACUUUGUUUCCUACAAGCUCUCACAGAAGGACUACAGCUGGAGUCAGCUCGAGGAAGAGGAUGAGAACAGGACUGAUUUUGCGGUAGAGGCCGGGAUGGCCGGUGUCCUCAACGGGAGCCCGUCCUGGCACCCCCCUGCCAGCCACGUAGUGAACGGAGCCGCCGUGCACAGGAGCAGCCUCGAGGUCCAUGAAACUGUUCAAGCAGCCGAUGUGAGGCAGGCGCUGAGAGAGGCAGGCGAUGAAUUUGAGCUGAGGUACCAGAGAGCUUUCAGUGACCUCACUUCCCAGCUCCACAUCACCCCUGCCACGGCGUAUCAGAGCUUCGAGCAGGUGGUGAACGAACUCUUCCGGGAUGGAGUGAACUGGGGUCGCAUCGUGGCUUUCUUCUCCUUCGGAGGGGCGUUGUGUGUGGAGAGCGUUGAGAAGGAGAUGCGGGUAUUGGUUGGACGCAUUGUAUCUUGGAUGACCACGUACUUGACCGACCAUCUAGAUCCCUGGAUCCAAGAAAAUGGCGGAUGGGAGCGGUUCGUGGACCUCUACGGGAAUAAUGCUGCUGCUGAGAUAAGGAAGGGCCAGGAGACCUUCAACAAAUGGCUCCUGACCGGGGCGACCGUGGCAGGCGUGCUUCUGCUGGGAUCUCUGCUGAGCCGCAAGUGACCUGCCGCCGAGUCCGCCCGCCGCCGGGACAGCUGCGCCUGCACCGCACCAGCCACUACACUCCGCUCCCCAGCACCGUCACCGCGGCGGGGCAGCCCCGCCGCCUCCCGGGCCGCUGCCCGCUCCACGGAGCUUCCCAGCGCCGCCAGCUCCUCUCCUUGUAGCCUCUCUUAUUUACCGUUCCGUUGUGUUUUAAAGGCGCCGAGACCGAUGCAGCGCUUCGGCCGCCAGCCCCCAGCACCGGGGCGAUGCAGGCAGCUGGGGGCAGCGCUGGCUCGAAGGUGUCCCAGCCCCGCAGGUCCUCUCAGUCCCUUCGAGGAGAAUAAACAGACUUAUUUUUGCAUGUGUGAGUGCGUGCGUGUGUGUAGAUGUCUCACUAAUAUAAGGUUCCCUACCCAGAGCGAGGGCGCAGGCGCUGACCCCUCCGGCGCGUGCCGUGGCCCCGGCUCCCCGUCCUCCGGCCGCUCCCGGGUGUAGCCAGGACCAGCGUCAGGCCCCGGGCUGUGCCGGCGCGGCGGGAUUCCCCUGCUCCCUCUUCCUCUGAAUGUAGAUUGCUGUGGGCAGCGCGUGGCCCCCCCCAUGCCCCCCCCCCCCCCCCCCGGUCCUGCCCUCCCCACGCUCGCUCCGCCAGGGCCCGGCGCUUUGCUUUGCUCUUAAAGCGGCGCAGGCGGGCAGGGAGUGCGCUCGUCCCGGCCCCGGCUCCAGCUGGGGCGAGCGGGGGGGCGGCCCGGGCGUGGGGCAGGAGGGCCAGGGUGCCCGCGGCACCGGGGGCUCCGGCGAGCCCGGGGCGGGGGGGGUGCAGCGUCCCGAGCGGCUCCCGGCCCGCGCAGGAAGGGGCAGCGUGGAGGUGGGAGCCUCCCCGGGUGGGGGGGGGGGGAAGCACUCGGGGCCAGCGAAGCUGCUGGCUGCUUCCCAGCUACGAGCAGCCGUGCCUGCCCCGGCCCCCCCCCCCGGCCGUAGCCCCCUCCCCGGCCGUGCUCCCCGGCCCCAUAGCACAGGCAGAGGGGGCCCUGUCCCCGCGGCGUGGCUGUGACGGGUGCGUGCUGCGGCAGGGUGCCUGUCCCCCCCACCCCACCCCCCCCGCUCCGCCCCGGCCAGGGCUCGGGGGCCGUGGGGGGGGGGGGGGGGCCGCGGGGGUGGCGCUGGGGGUGGCUCUUGCAGCAGCCCCUCCUUGGCGGGAGCCACCGGGAGACCCGGGCCGUCCUCGCGGCACCUCUGUACAUACCGCCCGCGCUCUGCUGUAAAUAUCCGAGUAGUUUUUAUUCAUUUGUGAAUACUCUAAUGCUAUUUUUGUUAUCUGUAUGUCUGUAUUUAUGUGUGGUGCCGUGCUCGGCGUGGGGGCCGGGGGGGGGGGUGUCCGCGCGGCCCCGGGGGCCUGCCUGGCCCUGCCGCCGGCCCCCCCGCGCACCCCGCGUAGGACCCGCUCCCCGCGCCGCAGGGCAAGCGGCGACUGCUUCGGUUUGCAGGUGGAGGUGAGGCCACUAAUAAAAUCUGUCGUUGGA